AUGGAAACGGGCUCCAAUGUCGUGUUUGGGAUCGAGGCGAAUGCCCACCCAGCGCUCAAAGGGAAUGUGCAUAGUGCUCUCUUCAACUCCGGCUCCAGCCAGUCGUUGGCGGAGCCACACUACAUCUGUACCUCCGGCAACUUCACCUGGAACGCAACAGCUAGCAUCGGGAUGUGCUCCUCCUGCACCGACACCACCGCACUCGUGAAGAAAACCCAUAACUUAGACACAGGCGACUGGAUCCUAUCUCUCCCAAGCCUCUACAGCCCCAGCGACCCCUUCAACAUAACCUACCAAUCCUACGCCGGCUCGCCCAUCGACGGCCAAAUGCUCCGCAUCCAAACCCUCGUCGACGGCUCAGACCCAGGCCCCAUCAUCAUCCUAUCUAUGUACCUCAACGUCGAUCCGAAGCAAAUCGACACCGGCAACAACAGCUACCGCGACCUCAAUGCAAUCACCUACACCUCUCCAACUGCACUCUCUCCCCGUCCAUCAAGUCCUACAAACCCACCGUCAAACGCGCCCCCACCACCACCGCCUCAAGCUCCCCCUACACCGAAGAAAUCCUCCAGACCUGGGUCCUCGGCACCAGCCUCACCAGCGACGUCGCCCUCACCCCGACCCCCGAAUGCGGCGGCUGCGACGCGGAUGUCUACAUCCUCACCCCUCACCCCCUUCCCCCAACUGAAACACCUCGGGAUGGGGCCUCUCGCCCCACGCCUACGGCCUCUCUUCCCUCGCAUUCCAAGGCCUCGCCAACCCCCUCAGCCAGGACUUCAACGGCUCCUACCUCCAAUCCGGCAUCCUCUCCUUCCUCGCCAGCACGCAAUCCCUCUACCAAGGCUCCUGGUACGGCAACUUCAGCAACUCGGGCUGUGCGGAUCCCGGGGGCGAGCGUGGAUUGUGCGGUGGAGCUGGUGGCGGCGGCGAAUGAGGAACAGGAUGCGGGAGGCGGCGGGGGCGGGGGAUGGGACGCUGGGGGCCAGGGGAGAAGCCUGGGAGAGGGUGGUGCAUGUAAGGUUUGGUGCCGGUGCUGUUUUUGGGGGCGGAUGGGGGCACUGGGAGGGUGGAGGGGGUGGAGAAGGAGGCCGUUUUGGAGAGGGCAGAUGGGAUGAGGGUUAUGUUAGAGUGAGGAGGGGUGGGGCGAGGUUGGCGAAGGGUUAG